ACCUUGACAAGCUCUGUUAAUUCGGUUUUUUCCUGCUAAUUCUCAAGUCUUCAUUGCUUUCACAUUCACUCGCUUCGACCUUCGCUUACGUCGACUUGUCAACCGGCAUAAACAUUCGCUUACGCUGCCGACUCUCAACGCCCAUUGUUUUGCUUGCUUUCGCCGGCAAUUUUCAUCCCUUGUCUCACCUUCCUCGGUCACACCCAUCCUUGAAUUGAAUCAAAAGGGUAGAACGUACAAGGCUUUCUCAUUGAGUAACAUAAUCGGUUAUUACGGCCUGAUUUCUCGACGUUUGUCGAUCGAUUGAAUCCACCCCCGCUCCUUUCGGCUGCCCCUUCACAGGGUUGAUCGCCUGAACAUACAACGCAACAACAAAGAUGCGGUCCUUUACGCUAUUGAGUCUGCUCAUCAGCCUGAUGCUCCUGGCGUCGGUGGUAGGGGCAUCACGGAAUAUGUAUGAUGAUAUCCUGGCACGAGACUCGACCACAGCUACAGAUAGCGCUACGAAUAGCGCUACGAAUAGCGCCACGGACAGCACCACGGACAGCGCUACCGAUUCAGCCUCAAAUAGUCAAUCACAAACCGCGUCAGGAACCGAUACUGCCUCCGACCAGACCACAGGAACAGCCGCAACAACGGGAACUGCAACCGGAACAGGCUCCAGCACACAGACAACAACAGGAGGAACCAAGACAACAAGCACUCACAAAACAACCUCCAUCUCCGUCGACCCUGAAUGGCCUGCUGGCGGCGCUUCCAUGACCAACCCACCUUCAACAUCGACAACAUACUACAAAAUCGGGCAAAAUGUUACUCUCGGCUGGAAUUACACUUCUCUCCACAUCACUCCUAGUGCUGUUGAUGUGAUUGCCUCCUGCAGCUCGAAUAGUGCGACAUAUACUCUAGCCAAUAAUGUCAGUUUUGCCAACGCGACCUCCGUGGUCUGGGAAACGGAUCAGUACGGACCUGAUUCUCAGAGUCCAUUGCUUACUGCGCAUUAUACACUUAUCAUCUAUGAGGCCGGUACAUCGCCCACUCAGGUUGCUAGUCCAGGACAAUUGGGCCCUGCCUCGUAUACUUUUGCAAUGUAUUCUACGCAAUCGUAUACCCCAUUAGCCAGUUAUGUCUGCGUAACCUGCAACUCGGCCGUUUCAAUAAUGGACCGACAAGCACUAGGCUUCAUCCUCGGUAUGGCAGCCAUUACCAUCUUCUCAUUCACUUCGUUUGCCGGCGGCUUCGGACUUUUUUAGACACGUCUUGUCUCGUCUCGUACCUACCGGUUAUUUUGAUGCUUGUUAUCAUGCAUAUAAUAAACCUCACGAUGCGAUUUCAACUUUGCAUACAUUUUACUUUCCCUCUUAUAAACAUAUUAAUGGGUACCGAAUUUCGUCAAAAGCGUGUUUUUAUCAGAAUGUGGCAUGGGUGUUUGGGUGGGCGUUUUUAUUUUUUCAACAGUUUAUAAUGGCAAACGAGCAUAUUGAUUUGAUCACAUGUUGAUAAUUCUUUUCUAUUCGAGGAAAUGUGUUUAUAUAUUCGAGUUGUACGUCCGGUUCUGCCGUCUAAAGGCAGAAUUUUCAGUCUAAUGAAGGAGAUAAUAUGAAUUCAGAACUAGCCAUGUAAUGUUUUUCUAUAUUGUCUGUCAAAUUACCUCUAGGGCCAUCCCAUUCUACAACUUGGUCUAGAGAUGACCCAGGUUUCAUCAUAUGCAUGCCUGAUGAUAUGCCUCCCAUACAACACCGAGCUCAUUACUUGCACCAUUACCACUCCCUUCAGCAGGAGCACUCCCAUCCCCGGCAGAAGUCAAUGCAACCGGCUUCCGAACAAUUGGCAACUGAGCCAAUGAGCCAGUUACGUGAUUGCAUUUCUUGCACGGUUGGCUUCUGAUAUUGG